ACAAGCCUGCGUAAUAAAACCGUUGUAAACAAUGCAGCAGCUUCUCUGCCGCAACACAAUGGCCGGUCUGAAGAAAACGCUUCACUCGGCCGUUUUACAAUCGGCAACAGAACGGCGCAUUAAGUUUCAGUGGAGAGGACGACUGUGACCCAUCUCCUCCGGCCUCGGCCGUCCGCCACGCUGCGCUUCACCUGGCUGAGCUUCACACAGGAGAACAAAACAGCUGAAACCUGCACGACAGAAUGAAACCAUCUGCACACCCGUCUCUUUGUACGCCGUCACGAAAAGAAAUUGAACCGUCCUUUUCAGGUUCCCGUCUCGGUUUAACGCGUCCAGAUCCGAUCAGCUCUGCCGCAUCCUUGUUUGUUUUGUGUAUAUUUGUGUAUAUAAUCUUCUGCUGUAAACCUGGGAACACGUCUGGCUUUUCUGUUAUUCCAGCAACACUUAGUCAGUGAAGGAUUAAAAUGGCUUCCAGACAGAUGAGGCUGUUUGUCUACGUCUGUUCCUAAGUGUGACGCAUUCGGCCUUAUUUCUGUGUUUGGAGUUUGUGACUGGACGCCUUAACUAAAGGGCCCAUCUCUGCAGCGUUCCUGUGCUGAGUGAAUGCUCUGACCUCCUCCAGAGGCUGGUAGUUUAUCUGAGUCCUGGAUAAAACACACUAAUCACUCAUAACACGGCGGCCACUGACAAGUUCAUGCUUCAAUAGGUUCUCCUGGGAAAACCUGCAUCCUGACUUUCUCAUGAAUGUCGCCACCAACAGAGCCUUGAACCCUUUUCUCAUUUUUUGUCCUGUUUCAACCUCAAACGUCAAUGGGUUUUAUGAGGGACUAAAACAAAGUUAUGCUUAACCCUUUAGAGAAAGAAAUGUAUCAAACAUUGUUCUAACCAAACCUUACAGGUGGAUCAACCAAAGGGAAAAGGCGCUUUUAACCGCGGUCACACUUUUAACAUGAACAAAUUGGCAGUAGUGUAAGUGACCCUUUUAAAUUCCUGUCACAAAAUUUUUUUCCACUAGUUCUGGAAACUAGAACUAGUUUCUAGUACAGCCUUUGAAUUUUACCAAAGGUUGAACUCUGAGCGUUGAGGGCUUUUAUGUUGAAGGCCUCAGAUUUCAGUUCUUCCCCUUAGUGAAGAACACUGUGACUGUGAAACAUAUUUGCCAAAAAAACCCAAAAGGUCUUAAUUAUUGUAUUAUUGUAGCAGAGAACGGAGACAAAAAUCAUAACUUCCGGAUUAAAGAGUCUAAACUUGAAUUAUUUGAAGAUCAGAAGAGAGAACACCUCACCUCCUUAGCAGCUGUGAAGCACAGCAGUGGAAGUGUCAUGGUCUGGAGAUGAUUUGCUCCAACAUGAAGUCUUCAGCGUAUCAGAGGGCGCUUGAAGAAAACCCUAGACUACCUAUGAAAAUGUUAACUUUCACAGAAAGAAAGAAUUGGACCCUGCAACACGACAAUGACCUAAAACGUUCCUCACCCAGAAACCGCUUUAAUAGGUUUAAUAAGUGAAUUGUUGUCGUUGUAAUGUGUGUUUUCUAGGUAACGACAACAAAAACCCCACAGAGAGAACAUUUAAAGCUCUACAGAGCCUAACUAGGAAGAGUGUUGGAUCAGUCUCAAUGCGGCCUCUCUUCAGCAUCCUUCCUUUGGACUCGGUGACAGCUGGAACAAACGCAUCUCGGAGUUUCUUUAACAGGUUAAAACCUCUGAAGGCUCGUCGUUUCACUGAUGUGGCGCUGAUCCAGGAGCAGAAAGUGACAGAGAUCCAGAAGCUGUCAGCCUCACCGCGGCAGCCGCUGGCUCCGUCACACCAGGCCCGUAUGCGGCAGCUGAUGUCGACCCCCGCCUUCAGAUAAGUCGUGACAGCUGUAAAUUGAGAGGGGGCGAGUGGAGGAGAGGAGGGAACUGCUAUUUUUAUCUCCCAUUCAACCGGGCCGAGAAGCCGUCUCUCUCUCUCUCUCUCCGUCUCUGCAGAAGGCUGUCGGACCUUCUGGAUCUCUCCUUUCUGCCUCAGCGGAGAACCUUCUGGAGACCGGGGCGCGGCAUUAAGACCAGCAGACCCUGGUCUGGGGAAGGAUUUCAGCGGAAACGAACGGAUCGUAAAGACAGGGAGGGAAGAAGACAUCAAGAGACACCAACAGGCCCAACAUGGCUCUGCUGUGCUACAACAAAGGCUGUGGGGAGAAGUUUGACUCCGACAAGAACAAGGAUGAUUCCUGCCUCUUCCAUCCAGGAGUCCCCAUCUUCCAUGACGCCCUGAAGGGUUGGUCCUGCUGCAAGAAGAGGACGACGGACUUCUCAGAGUUUCUCUCCAUUAAGGGCUGCACCCGUGGACGCCACAGUGACAUGAAGCCCCAGGAACCUCUGAGGCCCGAUGUGUCGUCGGAUAAGAGCGAGGCGAAACCCGCCAGUGACCGGGAGAUCAUCUACCAGGGCCCCAAAUCUGCCGAGGCGAUGCAGAAAGAGAGACCCAGCGCAGACCAGCCCAUGACCAAGUUGCCCCACAAAGUGUCAGCGUCUCUCAUUCAGGCGCUGGAGAAACUGGGACUGGACAGGAGCGCAGAGAGCGAGAAAAAAGAGAGCGAGGACGUUAUGCACGGGACGCGCUGCAAGAACACAGGCUGCAAAACAGUCUAUGAAGGCCCAGACACAGACAUGGAGGUCUGCACCCACCACCCUGGAGCGCCCGUCUUCCAUGAGGGGUACAAAUACUGGAGCUGCUGCUGCAUAAAGACAACAGACUUCAACGCGUUCCUGGACCAGAAGGGCUGCACCACGGGGAAACACCGCUGGGUUGCAAAGCUGGAUAAGAAGAAAGUGGCAUGUCGACAUGACUGGCACCAAACUGCAAACACGGUCGUGGUAACAAUUUACGCCAAGAACUCAAAUCCUGAUUUCUGCAGCAUAGAAGCAAAUCCAACAGUGCUCGUAUGUCAAAUCCAGUUUGAGAACAAGAUUUUCAAGAGAGAAUUCCACUUCUGGGGGGUGAUCGAUGCCAAACAGAGUUCGGUCAACAUGGUCCCGUCUAAAGUGGAGAUCACGCUCCGUAAGGCCAACCAGGUGUCCUGGGGCAAACUGGAGGACCCGAACUACACGCCAGAGCCGGAGCCCGUCGACUACGACGUCGUCAAUGACAACCAGGAGUCCCAGCAGCCCGACUGGGACAUCGCCGACGACGACAUCAGCGACUCGGACGAGGAGUGGGCCUACGACACGCCGCAGAACAAGAGCCAAGGGGGCGAGAGUGAAGAGCAGAGGAAGAGGAGGGAAGAGCAAGAGGUGCAGAAUUUGAAAAGGAAGGAGGUGGAGGAAGAGAUGAAGAGGCUGAUGCAGGAGCAGAAGAGGGCGGAGGAGCAGAGGAGGAAGCUGGAGGAGCAACGGAGGGAGGAGGAACAGGAAGGGUAUGAAGACAUGCCAGACCUGGAAGAUCAGGAGGCUGAUGUGGAGUGAAAAAAACAAACAGAAUUUUCCUCAUUUUUAACAUAUUAUUGGUUAUUUAAUGCCAUUAAAUGCUAAAUACUCUAAUUUUCCUGCAGUAACUUUAUGUUAUAUCAGAGGCGUUUUUGAAGAAUUGUAACUUUUUGUGGGUGAUAAAUCUUUUGAUUAUGCAAAAGACAAUUAUAGAAAUAAAUCUUUUUUAUGUCUGCUU